ACAAGUUAUUGUGUAAAAUGAAAUAUAUGGUUGAUUUAUUGUGUACUUUGUAUUAUUGUAAGCGUAUGUGAGUGCGAACUGAAUGACUGUAUGCAAUAAGAAAGUUCUAUUAUUCGGAGAAGCUAGUGAAUUAGUUGGCUGCAAAGAAAUUACAAUACAAUUUCCUGUAUCGUGUACUAACAAAACAUUGAAAGAUAUCAUUAUUGAACAAUUAGUCAAGUAAUUCAAAACAAAUGAUAUUCAUUAAUCAGAUUGGAACCUCUUAAAGAUUCGUUAACCGUUGCAAUAGAUUGGGAGUAUACAGAUAUUAAUACAAGCGUAAAUCAACUAUCCAUUGAAGAGAUUGAAGAACUUGCUAUUUUACCACCGAUUAGUGGAGGUUAGAAAAAAAAACCAUAUCAUGAAUUCUCAAUACUUUAUCAAAAUAUCUAUUGAACCAAUUGAAUAUUCCAAUGUAUUUGAUUUAAUCAAUGAUUCUUCAAUUGGAGCUGUUUCUACAUUUUUCGGGAUUACUAGAAAAUAUGAUCAAGAAAGAAUUGUACAAGCAUUGAAAUAUGAAUGUUAUUUGAAAAUGACUUAUUUAGAAAUGGAAAAAAUUAUUAAAAAUUCUUAUCAAUUAUGGCCAUCAUUAGUACAUAUAAUUGUACUUCAUAGAUAUGGAAUUGUUCCUGUAGGAGAAAUCAGUGUAGCAAUAGCUGUCAGUUCACCACAUCGUAAAGAUAGUCUUGAUGCUGUGAAAUAUUUAAUUGAAUCAAUUAAAUCACAAUUACCAAUUUGGAAAAAGGAGAUUUAUGAAGAUGGUACAUUCAAAUGGAAAAGAAAUAAUGAAUGUUUUUGGUUACAAAGAGAAAUAAACAAAUAUAAGAAUUACUGAAAAAGUCAGCCGUGACUAAUCAACAUUAUCCAGAUAACUCGAUUAGUAUUGGGAGAUAUAAAAUUUUUUUUAAGAAGAAAUUAUUCAAUAAAGCAAACAGUCAAAUAUGACAUGCCGGUCAGAUUUAGCCUGAUAUUCUAUGCUGAAAAUAACUGCUACUGAUACAGAAGGAUGCCCCCAACGUCAUUGACCUUAUCUACAGCAACUGAGCUUCAGAUGGAAGCCUCUACUUCUAUAGAUGUUACAAUGUCGUUGAUCUAACAGACGACAAGUACCAACUAUCUAACAAACGUCGAUUUGGAUGCUACGUUAAGUAAUGAUGAAGAUGAAAUUGUUUCUAUAAACUCAGGAAAAUUCAGUGACCGAGACAACGAUAUUGAUGAAGAUGCCUACGACAACAGACUGUGAUAUCUGCAAUCUUGCUCAGCCACCCAGCGAAACUGCUGAUGAAAGCACUUGGAUUUUUUGUCACUGUAGUGCAGUGUUUCAUUUGUUAUGUGCUUGCGACUUACUACCACAAUUACAUGGAUUCCAAUGUCCCAUGUUUGGCGCAAUUACGGAAUCAUAGUUAUGCCAUUGUUUAGGAAAAUCUGAAAUGUUAAGAAACCGAUUAAAGGCCCUAUUUAGGGUCAUGCCUAAUUUGAUUUAAAUUCUUGUUUUAAUUUGUUAAAAAAUGACAUCAAACAUUUUGAAAAUAUAUUUCUCAGCCAAGUC